CCCCCCAGAUCGUCAAGCACCGGAGUCGUGGCGGGGGGCCUCCCGGAUCGGCAGGAUGUACCCCCAGGGAAGGCACCCGACCCCGCUUCAGUCCGGCCAGCCCUUCAAGUUCUCGAUCUUGGAGAUCUGCGACCGCAUCAAAGAAGAAUUCCAGUUUCUUCAGGCUCAGUACCACAGCCUCAAGCUGGAGUGUGAGAAGUUGGCCAGUGAGAAGACAGAAAUGCAGCGACAUUAUGUCAUGUACUAUGAAAUGUCCUACGGGCUCAACAUCGAAAUGCAUAAGCAGGCCGAGAUUGUGAAGCGCCUCAGUGGGAUCUGUGCUCAGAUUAUCCCCUUCCUGACUCAGGAGCACCAACAGCAGGUCCUGCAGGCCGUGGAGCGGGCCAAGCAGGUGACAGUCGGGGAGCUGAACAGUCUCAUUGGGCAGCAGCAGCUCCAGCCACUGGCCCACCACGCCCCCCCUGUGCCCCUCACCCCUCGCCCAGCGGGGCUGGUGGGCGGCAGUGCCACGGGGCUGCUGGCCCUGUCGGGAGCCCUGGCCGCCCAGGCUCAGCUGGCUGCGGUCACCAAGGAGGACCGGGCAGGUGUGGAGGCGGAGGGGUCCAGAGUGGAGAGAGUCCCUAGCAGGAGUGUGUCUCCCUCACCCCCGGAGAGUGUGGUGGACGAGGAGCGGCCCAGCGGCCUGGGUGGAAAUGGAAAGCAGAGAGCUGAGGAGAAGGAUCUGUCAGGACCUUAUGAGAGUGACGAGGACAAGAGUGAUUACAACCUGGUGGUGGAUGAGGACCAACCCUCCGAGCCCCCCAGCCCAGCAACCACCCCAUGUGGAAAGGCACCUACAUGCAUCCCUGCUCGUCGGGACCUUGUGGACAGUCCAGCCUCCUUGGCCUCCAGCCUUGGCUCACCGCUCCCCAGAGCCAAGGAACUCGUCCUGAACGAUCUUCCAGCCAGCACUCCCGCCUCCAAAUCCUGCGACUCCUCCCCGCCCCAGGACGCAUCCACCCCUGGGCCCAGCUCUGCCAGUCACCUCCGCCAGCUAGCAGCCAAGCCUGCCCCUUCCACAGACAGUAUUGCCCUGAGGAGUCCCCUGACCCUGUCCAGUCCCUUCACCACAUCCUUCAGCCUGGGCUCCCACAGCGCCCUGAACGGGGACCUCUCUGUGCCCGGCUCCUACGUCAGUCUCCACCUGUCCCCCCAGGUCAGCGGUUCUGUGGUGUAUGGACGCUCCCCCAUGAUGGCAUUUGAGUCUCACCCACAUCUCCGAGGGUCGUCCAUCUCUUCCUCCCUGCCCACCAUCCCUGGGGGAAAGCCGGCCUACUCCUUCCAUGUGUCUGCGGACGGGCAGAUGCAGCCGGUGCCCUUCCCUUCCGAUGCACUGGUGGGUGCAGGCAUCCCCCGGCAUGCGCGGCAGCUGCACACACUGGCACACGGCGAGGUGGUCUGCGCAGUCACCAUCAGCGGCUCCACACAGCACGUGUACACGGGUGGCAAGGGCUGCGUGAAGGUGUGGGACGUGGGCCAGCCCGGCGCCAAGAUGCCAGUGGCCCAGCUGGACUGCCUGAACCGGGACAACUACAUUCGCUCCUGCAAGUUGCUGCCUGACGGCCGGAGUCUGAUCGUGGGCGGUGAAGCCAGCACCUUGUCCAUCUGGGACCUGGCGGCACCCACUCCUCGAAUCAAGGCGGAGCUGACCUCCUCGGCGCCCGCUUGCUAUGCCCUGGCUGUCAGUCCUGACGCCAAGGUCUGCUUCUCCUGUUGCAGCGACGGCAACAUUGUGGUCUGGGACCUGCAGAACCAGACCAUGGUCAGGCAGUUCCAGGGUCACACGGAUGGGGCCAGCUGCAUUGACAUUUCGGAUUAUGGCACUCGGCUCUGGACAGGGGGCCUGGACAACACCGUGCGCUGCUGGGACCUGCGGGAGGGCCGCCAGCUGCAGCAGCAUGACUUCAGCUCUCAGAUUUUUUCCCUGGGCCACUGCCCUAACCAGGACUGGCUGGCCGUUGGCAUGGAGAGCAGUAGUGUGGAGCUCCUACAUGUCCGGAAGCCCGAGAAAUAUCAGCUGCAUCUCCAUGAGAGCUGCGUGCUGUCCCUCAAGUUUGCCUCCUGCGGGCGGUGGUUCGUGAGCACGGGAAAGGACAACCUGCUGAAUGCCUGGAGGACGCCGUACGGGGCCAGCAUCUUCCAGUCCAAGGAGUCCUCCUCCGUGCUCAGUUGUGACAUCUCCGGGAACAACAAGUACAUCGUGACAGGCUCUGGGGACAAGAAGGCCACCGUGUAUGAGGUGGUCUACUGAGACCCCCCUCUUCCUGCACCCUGGCCUGACUCCCAGGGAAGGGUCAUUCUGAACCUCCCCCCUAGUCCUACCACAAGCCCUAAAUCUCAUCCAUGCUCUGACUGACCCCUCAUGUCCUCCCCUGCUGGAUAUGGGGCCAGAUGCACAGGGGGACCUUGGGGAAAUAAAUGUAUUUAUCACAA